GUUAUUCAGUCUGCAGGCAGUAUCAGGACACAGGGACGGGAAACACACAGCCGCUUUGCUGAAGGGGAAUAUAUCGAGGAAUCUGUCACCGCUAACCGGGACAGUCUGACGCUUCACUGUCCACACAGACACAUCUGCUUUAACACGACUUACAAUAGCUGCUGUGUAGUUGUGGGGUGCAAUGGAUGAUGGGAAGCCUGUGUGGGCGCCCCACCCAAGCGAUGGGUUCCAGUUGGGCAUGAUAGAGGACAUUGGUGCCGACGCACUCACCAUAGAUCCUCUCAAUCAACGAGGAAAGACCUUUCUGGCUCCCAUCAAUCAAGUCUUUCCUGCUGAGGAAGAUGUGAACAAACAUGUUGAAGACAACUGUUCUCUUAUGUAUCUGAAUGAGGCCACUCUUCUCAAUAACAUCCGUGUCCGCUACAGCAAAGACUUGAUCUAUACGUAUGUCGCCAACAUCCUGAUUGCUGUGAACCCAUAUUUCGACAUCCCUAAACUCUACUCCCCAGAUGCCAUUAAAAGCUAUCAGGGACGCUCUUUGGGGACACUGCCCCCUCAUGUUUUUGCUAUCGCGGAUAAGGCGUACAGGGACAUGAGGGUUCUGAAGAUGAGUCAGUCCAUCAUUGUGUCUGGUGAAUCUGGUGCUGGGAAAACAGAAAACACUAAGUUUGUUCUCAGAUAUUUAACCACAUCUUACGGCACAUGUCAAGACAUAGAUGAGAGGAUCGUUGAAGCCAACCCCUUGCUUGAAGCUUUUGGAAAUGCAAAGACAGUCAGGAACAACAACAGCAGUCGAUUUGGAAAGUUUGUGGAAAUUCACUUCAAUGAGAAGAAUGCCGUUGUGGGAGGUUUUGUCUCCCAUUAUCUGUUGGAGAAAUCUCGGAUCUGUAUGCAGAGUCCAGAAGAGCGAAACUAUCAUAUAUUUUACAGACUGUGUGCAGGAGCAUCAGAGGAUAUCAGGAAUAAACUUCAUCUCAGCUCUCCCGACGACUUCCGGUAUUUGAAUCGCGGCUGCACCCGAUACUUUGCAAGCAAGGACUCAGAUAAACAGAUCAUGCAAAACAGGAAAAGUCCUGAGCAUGGAAAGUUGGGAGCUCUGAAGGACCCUUUGCUGGAUGACCUGGGAGACUUUAACAGGAUGGUGGCAGCCAUGAAGAAAAUCGGUCUGGAUGAUACAGAGAAGCUCAAUCUCUUCAAAGUGGUGGCUGGGGUCCUUCAUCUCGGCAAUAUUGACUUUGAGGAGACAGGAAGUUCCUCUGGUGGCUGCAUUCUGAAGAAACAGUCUAGUCAGACUCUGGAGUACUGUGCCGAGCUGCUGGGCCUGGAUCAGGACGAUCUGCGAGUCAGCCUCACCACCAGGGUCAUGCUCACCACUGCAGGGGGCGCCAAAGGCACAGUCAUCAAGGUGCCUCUGAAGGUGGAACAGGCCAACAAUGCCCGUGAUGCCCUCGCCAAAGCAGUUUACAGCAGACUCUUUGAUCAUGUGGUCAAGCGGGUCAACCAGUGCUUCCCCUUUGAUACGUCAUCCAACUUCAUUGGCGUGUUGGACAUCGCUGGCUUCGAGUAUUUCGAACACAACAGCUUCGAGCAGUUCUGCAUCAACUAUUGUAAUGAAAAACUACAGCAGUUUUUUAAUGAACGCAUACUGAAAGAGGAGCAAGAGCUGUAUCAAAAGGAAGACCUAGGAGUGAAUGAAGUUCAUUAUGUUGAUAAUCAGGACUGCAUAGAUCUGGUUGAAGCGAAGCUGGUGGGUAUCCUGGACAUUCUGGAUGAGGAAAACCGUCUUCCCCAGCCCAGCGAUCAGCACUUGGCAGAGAUGGUUCACAGCAAGCACAAAAAUCAUUUCCGUCUUACCGUUCCCAGAAAGUCAAAGCUUACAAUCCACAGGAAUCUGAGAGAUGAUGAAGGUUUCAUCAUAAGACAUUUCGCUGGUGCCGUGUGCUAUGAGACUACCCAGUUUGUGGAGAAGAAUAAUGACGCCCUCCACAUGUCUUUGGAGUGCUUGGUGUGCGAGUCAAAGGACAAGUUUAUCCGGGAUCUCUUUGAGAACAACUCAAAUUCCAAGGACUCAAAGCAGAAAGCCGGCAAACUUAGCUUUAUCAGUGUGGGAAACAAAUUCAAGACCCAGCUGAACCUUUUGCUGGAAAAGCUUCGGAGCACAGGCUCCAGUUUCAUUCGUUGUGUGAAGCCCAAUCUGAAGAUGGUGAGCCAUCAGUUUGAAGGAGCUCAGAUUUUGUCUCAGCUGCAGUGCUCGGGCAUGGUAUCAGUGUUGGAUCUGAUGCAGGGUGGCUUCCCUUCCAGAGCGGCAUUUCACGAGCUAUACAACAUGUAUAAGCAAUACAUGCCCAGCAAACUUACAAGGCUUGAUCCUCGACUCUUUUGCAAAGCUCUGUUCAAAGCGCUCGGCCUCAAUGAAAACGAUUUCAAGUUUGGAUUAACCAGGGUUUUCUUCCGUCCUGGAAAGUUCGCAGAGUUUGACCAGAUCAUGAAGUCUGAUCCGGAGCACCUGGCAGAGCUGGUGAAACGGGUCAAUAAGUGGCUGGUGUGCAGCCGUUGGAAGAAGGUCCAGUGGUGCACGCUGUCUGUCAUUAAAUUGGGGAACAAACUGCAAUACAGAGCCACUGCCUGCAUUAACAUUCAGAAGACAGUUCGAAUGUGGUUGUGCAGGAGAAGACACAAGCCACGCAUUGAUGGCUUGGUGAAGGUGAAAAACUUGAGAAAGAGGAUGGAGAAAUUCAAUGAGGCUGUGAACGGACUCAAGGAGGGCAAACAGGAAAUGAGCAAAAACAUUGAGGAACUGGCCGCCUCCACUGAUGCCCUCAUGACCAAGAUCAAGUCCACGGUGAUGAGCCGCAAGGAGAUCGACCAGGAAUACGAAGGCCUCGUGAAGCGCUCCGAGCAGCUCCUCUCCUCUAUGCAGGUAAAGAAGCAGGAGCAGGAGGAGACCGAGAGACUCAAGCGCAUCCAGGAGGAGAUGGAGAAAGAGAGGAAGAGACAUGAUGAAGAGGAGCAGUUACGCCAACAGGAGGAGCAGGAACGCCGCAUGAAAGCCGAGAUGGAGCAGAAGAGAAAACAGGAGGAGGAGGAGAGAAAGAAAAGAGAAGAGGAAGAACGAGUCAUGCAGGCGGAACUGGAUUUGCAGCUGGCUUUGGAGCGGGAGGAGGAGACUCAGAUACAGACCAUACUGGAGCAGGAGAGGAGAGACAGAGAACUGGCCAUGAGAAUCGCUCAGAACGAGGCUGAGCUCAUCCAGGACGAAGCCCAAAUGGACCCCAGCCUGCGCAGGGGUGUUCAGGUGCAGGCCAACAAGGUGGCAACUGAGGGGAAGAAGUACGACCUUAGCAAGUGGAAGUAUGCUGAACUGCGAGACGCCAUUAACACCUCCUGUGAUAUAGAUCUGCUGGCAGCGUGCCGAGAGGAAUUUCAUCGUCGUCUGAAGGUGUACCACGCCUGGAAAUCAAAGAACAAGAAAAGAAACACAGAUACAGAGAUGAGAGCUCCUAAAUCGGUCACUGACUAUGCCGAACAGAACCCUGCUCCCGCAGUCCCAGCCCGACAACAAGAGACCGCGAUGAACCGACAGCAGCGUUACUUCCGCAUUCCCUUCAUCAGACCCGCAGACCAAUACAAAGACCCACAGAACAAGAAGAAGGGCUGGUGGUACGCCCACUUUGAUGGUCCCUGGAUUGCCAGGCAGAUGGAGCUCCAUCCAGACAAGCAGCCCAUCCUCUUGGUAGCAGGUAAGGAUGACAUGGAGAUGUGCGAGCUGAGUCUGGAAGAAACCGGGCUUACACGAAAACGCGGAGCGGAAAUCCUCCCUCGUCAGUUCGAGGAAAUAUGGGAGCGCUGUGGCGGAAUCCAAUACCUGAGAAGCGCUAUCGAAAGCAAGCAAGCCCGACCCACCUACGCCACCGCCAUGCUCCAGAAUCUUCUCAAGUGAUGAUCACACGUUUUCCCUUAUUGGUUCACACUCUCCAUGUACAUGUAGAUGGUAAAGUAGCGAAAAAUAAAGGGCUUUUCAUCUCUAUGGGCUAUUAGAUGUGUUCACUAGAAGCUUUUAAACCUACUGUGCAAUUCUAGUGAACGCAACUACUGUCCACUUAUCUGUUUGUUUGUAGUAUGUUAUUCAUUUUGCUGUGAACUUAAAUACCAGUUUUCACAAAAAUCUGAGCCUUGCUUGAACUUGUUGCUCAGUGAUGCCUUAAAGAUUGUCAUAUUUAUUUCAUCUCAUUUAGAAUACACUGUAAGAAAAAAUAGUCAAAAUAUGUGCAGUACCCUUAAAAAAGGUCCUAAUAUGUACCAAUGUUUUUUUUCACCAAUCAAAGAGGUACUAAUCUGAACUCUUUAGGUACAAAGGUGUACGUUUUGAAAGGGUACCGCCCCAGUGCCAGCUGGGGUGCACAUUUUGACCAUUUUUUCUGACAGUGUGCCACACUUAUGUAACCCUGCACAUAAAUCUGAAAUAUUUACCAAUAUUCUUUAUCAAAGGACUAGUUUUGAUGCUUAGUUAUAGAUAGUUUUGUAAAACUGGCUUUAGUCUUGUUAGUUAACGGUGUGUACUGUACUUAUUAUUAUUAUUAUUAUUUAGGUUUUUAUUAUAUCUUAAAGUGCCCCAAAAAGUGUGAAAACACAUUGUUUUGUUUAGUGCAGCAUCCUGACCAAGGUUGUGGCUAGAAGGGCUACAGUAAACAGCAAAGUCUUGCUGAAUAAGUGCUGUUUUAUCCUAAUCUUACCUCGAAACCUAACCUUAAACCCAACCCAUUUCAUGAGAUUUAGGCUGUAGCUGUAUCCCAUCUAUCCAGAAACGCUGUUUUCAUCCUUAUUCUAUCCCUUAACCCAAUUUUUGGUUGGGGGGGGGGUCAGGAAAGCUGUAUUUUUGCAGUUUGACAUUGCUAGUGGCGCACAAAUGACACACUCAACCCGUAUGUUAAAAUUCUAUCAUAAGACUUAAUUGGUCAUUAUUGCAGAGCAACAUUCAUUAUAAAGUUAGUUAAAGUAACUAUAAGUCAAUCAGAGCUUAAUGGUAAGGGCUAAUGAGGAACAUGCACUGGAAUACAUUACGUUGCCCUUUCGAUAGCAACUUUUUGUCUCACCUUUGUAAACGCAGUAAUGGACGACGCUGUACAAGAUAAUGAAAGCGUCUCUACCUAGAAAAAACAGCGUUCGUAAUUGCCUUUACGUUUAUUUGAUUAUGAAAUCUGUUUGAUGGUGCAUUUUUAAAGUAGCUUUUGGUUCUUAAAGGAAUAGCUGUCAUGCAUUUUAUACUUAAAUCACAGUUAUAUGCUAAGGGGGAAAAACUUUCUUUUUUUUGUUUUGGUGAAGUGAUGAUGUCACUAAAGAUUUGCUGUGAAUUCUGUGGGGUGUGGUAGAUUUACUCUUUUAUUUUUACAGUUAUUUAUAUACAAAUUCUUGGAAAUGUUCUGGUGUGUGUUGUUAUGCGGCUCUCUUCAUCUGUCUUGUCUCAUUUUGCUCAUAACUUCCCAAAGAACAGCAAUAAUGGAAGCGGCAAGCACAUUCAUUUGAAGAUGUGGCGUAGACCAAAUUGCUGCAUUUGAUUAAUUUGCAAUCAUUAUCCAGCCUUUGUUUAUUCAUAUGCUGAUGUUUUUCUCCAUUUACAUCUAUUCUGCCCUUUCUAACUGAACUAGUGUGAUCUCAAACUAUCAGUUCAUGAAUAUUAUAAUUGUUAAUUAUUUGUUUCUUGUCUCUCAGUUUAUAUUUGAUGUGUUUGGGUUAAUAACGCUCGCUCUUUUCCAUUUUGGACUGGAAACUGUUGCUCCAUUCGCUUUGCUAGACCAGAAUAAACACGUUCUACAUAAGA